CGUACACCGAACAGAUCCAACCGGGCGGAGACAACAGUAGAUAUAAAAAUGGGGUUUCUUCGGGUACGCCUUUGGAUAUAUCAAACACUUGUAGCGGCUAACUUUAGCUAACUCUAGCAUCCUUCAGCAGAGUGACCUGUCACCGACUCGGGAGCAAAGUUUCCCCCCCAGUCUUCCUCCCAUCAUGGCUCUGGCUGGAGUGCGAGUGAUCGAGCUGGCCGGCCUCGCUCCGGCUCCGUUUUGUGGGAUGAUUCUGGCUGAUUUCGGGGCGAAGGUGAUCCGUGUCGACCGCACCAAGACGGGCAUGUCUCUGGACACCCAGGCCCGAGGGAAACGGUCCGUCGCCAUCAAUCUGAAAACAUCUGAGGGCGUCACUCUGCUGAAGAAACUCUGCCUUCAGUCUGACGUCGUGCUCGAGCCCUACAGGAAAGGUGUGAUGGAGAAACUGGGCCUCGGUCCACAGGAACUUCUGAAGGAAAAUCCUCGUCUGAUUUACGCUCGACUGACGGGAUACGGACAGAGCGGAUCGUACGCUUCUGCUGCCGGACACGACAUCAACUACCUCGCCAUGUCAGGUCUUUUGUCCCGGCUGGGUCGCAGCGGAGAGAAACCCUACGCUCCUCUGAAUCUGAUUGCAGACUUCGCCGGCGGGGGUCUCAGCUGCGCUCUGGGCAUCGUGCUCGCUCUGCUGGAGAGAGAGAGGUCUGGGAGAGGACAGAUCAUCGACGCCAGCAUGGUUGAAGGAGCAGCGUACGUGGGAUCGUUUGCCUGGAAGUCUCAGAGCAUCGGGAUGUGGGAUCGCCCUCGAGGAGAGAACAUGCUGGACAGCGGGGCGCCUUUCUACGACACCUACCAGACCUCAGAUGGAAAAUACGUGGCCGUGGGCGCCAUCGAACCGCAGUUUUACACUCAACUGCUGAAGGGCUUGGACCUGGACCCUGGAUCUCUUCCUCCUCAGAUGAGCUUCACCGAUUGGCCGGAGCUGAGGCGAAUCUUCACCGAACGUUUUGCUUCUAAAUCUCAGGAGGACUGGUCGCAGGUUUUUGACGGGACGGAUGCGUGCGUCACACCUGUGCUUUCCUUCGAGCAGGUGAGCUCCCACCCUCACAACCAGGAGAGAAACUCCUUCCUCACGGACUCUAACGGGGAAGAGAGUCCUCGUCCGGCUCCGGUUCUCUCCAGAACUCCUGCAGAACCGAGCCUCUCCUCUGACCCCUUUAUCGGAGAACACACGGUGGAAGUGCUUAACGAAUUCGGGUUUAAAUCUGAAGAAAUAGAGCAGAUGAUGACACACGGGGUCGUGGAGGGGGAUGCAAUCAAAGCAAAGUUGUAGACACCUUUUUGGGUUUUUUUUAAAAGCACAAUUUGUUGAUCUGCAAUAAAGCAAAUUUAAAUCAGAGGUGUACGAAUUGUUGAAGCUGCUUUUGGAGAAAAUAACUAAUUGCGAUUAUUUUUACUGAUAUCGCCAUUGCCAUAUGAUUUACUUUAUUAAAGGUAAUUAAUAAGUGUACCAGACAAGGAUGUUGUAUUAAGUCUGGAGAAUGCUGUUUGUAAGCCUCGGCAGAUGUGUAAAAAAAAAAGUAUAGAAAAUAUAUUUUUAAUUAUUAUAAAAUGGAUAAUAAAUAUACAAAAAAACAUUUCAAAUAUUUUCAAAAUAAAGUCAUUAUAAAACAGGUUAUAAUGAAAAUACACAAUACGUUUCUUUAUUAUUGUUCAAAACCCUCGGGGGACAAACUUAACUUUUGGGUAUAUUUGUUUUUUUCAAUCAUCAAUUACAUUUUUCGGAAUAAUAAUAAUAAAUUGUAUUUAUAGCGCUUUUCUUGAACCUCAACGUUGAAGAAAAGCACUAUAAAUACAAUUUAUGUGAAUCAAAUGUCUACAUUUCAAAUAUAUCCAACCUUGCCGAACGCCUUUGACAGCAACGUGUGAUUUAUUACAAUUAGUGUCAUGCUAUGAAUGUAAAUGUAACUCCUAAACUGUGAAACAAUGUUGUAAAAUAAUCACAAUAAAAUGCAAGUUUUUCCUCAUGGGUGAAA